CAAGUAUGGAAGGGUUGAGAGAGAAUCUGUCUCAGAAUUUUAAACCUAACGCUUACUACAUUCCCGGUGUGGGUAUUCUGGUCAACCACUGGCAGUUAAGGAACCUCCUUAAAUACGACGCCUCUUCCAACGUUGUCUAUUACACCACCAAUGACUCCAUCAACAAGUUGGACAUGCUGCUGUUUGUGCUGUCGAGUUACGUAAACCUCCACUACAACCCUCGCUGCUACUCCCAUGCCCCCAACGGGGUAGUCGUCACGGGCGGCUUGCUUGUGAAUAGUAGCAAGUUGUAUUUGAUGAAUAUCGAUAUCUUAUUGCUUCCGGAACUGCCCCAGCCUACUCAAAAUCGGCAGAAACUCUCAAAGGGUUUGUUUCUGUUCUACAAUCCCGACCUUGAUGUCGCGAAAACGGUCCGAUUGGGCGAGAAGAUCAACAACGACGUCGCUGUAUUUCAGAGCUCCAACAGCAACUACACGGCCUACGUAUGCAAUAACGACUCCAACUUGUACUGUAUGGAUAUUUCCAAUAAUGAUGACUUCAGAGUUGUGAAUAGCAUCAACUGUGAAGUCAAUACCUGUUUGAACAAUGUCGUUAGAUCUCCAACCAACGACAAGCUUCUUGCGGUGACUGGUGAUUCACAGUCAAUAUUCUUGCUUGAUCCCACGGCUCUGAAUCCCAACGUUCGCACUAUAGCAAGCGGCCAUGAAGCGGGCUUUGGAAUAGCUUACCAUCCCAGUGGAAAUUUGCUCUCUGCAGCUUUCCAGGAUGGCACCUGUUUGGUGUACGAUCUCCGUAACAUCUCCGAAAACAAGCCGUUGAUCGAGGUCAAGCUGACGAGAUGCGGCCACCUGCUGGGAGCAUUUCGGGCUUGUAAGUUCCUGCCAGCAUACGACAUGAGUGAUAUGCUCAUUAUUCUGGAACAUGUUGGCAGGGUCCAUUUGGUGGAUUUGCGUCAUUUAGACUAUUCAAACGUAGACGACCAUCAGGUUGUCGUAGUUCCCCUAGCAUUGGGCCAAUAUGUUAGUAUUUAUUGUGAUUCUGAUUCGAGACUGGCUCAAUUUUCGUCGUUCACCUCUCCUUUGAUCUUUGACUACGAUUAUUUGACCAACAAUGAGAAGUUGUUCCAGGACUUUGUUUUCACACCUCCAAAACAGUCCUCGACUUCGCUAAAGACCGACUCACAAUUUCCAGCAAAGUCCAAUUCGAUACGGGAAAAUAGUCUCAAUUCUAGUAGCCCCUGUAUGAAUACCCAUCCCACAAAUGAUAACAAUUCACAUCAAGGCAAUUCAUACCGGCCGCUGUUGAACUUCAUCAAUGGCGAGAUGAUGCUUUCCGGGAUCGAUUUCUGCACUCCCAGAAAGGCCAAUGAAAGUUGCAUCUUGAUUGGAUGUGAGGAUGCUGGUGCAGUGAUGUGGGGAGUCAACGACGCAACUAGAGAAGCUUCGGCGUCUUAGCAAGUGUAGUCUUGUCUUGGUUCUCUUUGGUUAUUUCCUUCAAUCUGCGUUUGAUAAUGAGAGCAAUUAUCGGAGUAUGAGGGCAGUAGAAUUCCAGGUGUGCCUCUAUUAUGAGAAUAGAAUCACACCCUGGUGUAUUAAUUUCCAACUCUUAUUUUGCACCCAUUUGGCUGCAAGUGUCGAGCAAAAAAGAGUUGAUUGGGACGUUAUAUAUAUGUACACAGAGUUUAGAUGGUUUAUUUAUGGUGACAAUUUUUAU